AUGGGCACAAGCAGUUUACAGCUGGAAUAUACCAUAUGGAAGGUGCUGAUACUUCUAACAUAUUUCGUAAGUAGAAUAAUUUGUGAGACGGGAGAUUGUAGAGAGCAAGAGUUCAGAGAUCAUGAUGGAAACUGUGUGCUGUGCAAACAGUGUGGACCUGGAAUGGAACUGUCAAAGGAAUGUGGUUUCGGAUAUGGGGAGGAUGCACAAUGCAUGACAUGCAGGCCGAACAGAUUCAAGGAGGACUGGGGCUAUCAGAAAUGCAAAACAUGUUUGGACUGUGCUCUAGUAAAUCGAUUUCAGAAAGCUAAUUGUUCUGCUACCAGCAACGCUGUUUGUGGAGAUUGCUUACCAGGAUUCUACAGAAAGACAAAGCUUGGAGGCUUUCAAGAUAUGGAAUGUGUUCCUUGUGGAGACCCACCUCCUCCUUAUGAACCUCACU